UCGCAAUUGUAGUUAUUGAAGUAUUCAUAAAUUAGGCAACAAAUCAUCCAAGGGUUUUUAAUGGAAUAAAAAUGAGCGUUUCUGACGUAGAAACGAUUGCAGACUUGGUGCAUAAACUGGUCGUAUCUCUCUGGGGAGAUCAAAAACCAGGUCAGCAGAGGUUAAGCCUUCUGUAACCUCACACAACUUCACAACAAACCAUCUGCCGAACCUUUACAUAUUUAUUCAUACCCUCCUCUCCAAUUAGAUACUGUUUGUAAUCUAGACGAGAAAAAUACACACGAAAAUCACCAACCACACAUGCAUUUUAUCAUUUCCCUUAUUCUCCUGUUUGUUUUUAUCCAUUGCAGAUUCUGAUCUGUUUAUCUGGAUUCAUCUAUCAAAUCUUCAGCUAACGAAAUUCUCUGCAAUCAAGAAUAAAAUUCAUCCAAUAUUCUGUGGAAUAUUUCACAAUUCCAAACAUCAAUUGAAAAAAUACUCCAAAUAUCCCAAAGAUUGAUAAACAAUAAAAUAAUGCAUUUUAGUUUUUUCCUCAUUCUACAUCAAGUUAUGCAACAUCAUCACAAUUGAAAAUCAGUGCAACUUCAUGAAGCUAUUAGACGCUUUGUACGCUUUGCACUGGGCCUACUCUCAUCCUCUCCUGGGGUGGACGCUUUGCGUGAAGAUGAGAUGACUAUUGCCGUACAAAUUAAGACAAAAUUAACAGUCCGCGAUGCCUUACAGUUUGAGAAACUCCACAAUGACCUCAAAGAUGGGCCUCUGAAGAACAGACUGAGUAUUUUAACAUUCCUACUUUACUUGGGAAACUCUAAUGAUCAAUCCAGAGACAGACAUUUUUCAUUUCCGGAUAUGAGGCUUGGUUUGAAUUCUCCAAUGGCUUCUACAAGUCGUCAAACCACGCAAGUUUCAGUUUCCCAGGGUCAAAUUGUGCCAUUGGGUUCCACUGAAAAUAUUCUACGUGGUCCCCCUUUACAUCCAACUAGGAUAUUUAAUGAGGAAUCCGUGCCUGAAGAUAUCCUGGUCCAGGAUCUGAUCUACUCAUUCCAGGGAAUAGAAGGAAAGGUAUUGAAAUUGGACUCCAGUUAUGGUUUCCAAAUAGAUCCAAGGGCAAAUGUAAAUAGGACGCAUAAGCAAGCAGUCUUAAGAUUGGCUGCUCUUGGGUAUUUGCACAAUGUAGUAACUCGAGGAUUGGAGAGGAUGUCUGCAGCUUGUGCAGGGAGAGUUGCAGACAGUUUCGUUGCAGCAUUGCACCAAGAGCUAUCCGAGUAUUACAGAUUCAUAGCAAUAAUGCAAGAGGAAAUAAACAGAGCGCAAAGCCCUCUUGGAAUGGAUGGCGUAACCCUGUCGCAUCUCCAUUUGUGGGCAUAUGAACCGUUGGAGUCUUUAAAAUGGUUAGCAAGCAUAGUACGGGCAUGUACAGGACAAAAAGGUGGAGCUUUAGCAUCUGCAGUGUAUAGCUUUAGCCACCAUGGAGAUCCAGGAGUGAAGCAGUUAGUGAAGAGAAUUUUAGAAAAAGUUUGCGACCCUUUGCAUACAAUGCUAAUACGCUGGAUAGCAGAGGGAGAACUAGAUGAUCCAAGGGAAGAGUUUUUCAUUGAAGCAAGGUCUGAUGUAACUGAAGACAAAAUGUGGCACCAAAAAUAUCAAGUGAGGGAUUCUAUGGUGCCAUCUUUUAUCAGCAAGGCCCAGGCCAGAAAAAUACUUGGUACCGGAAAAAACAUCAAUUUCCUAAGGGAAGUAUGCAAGGAUUCAGCACCCCUGCAGGAGAGACACAGAGAAAAUUUCAGGCACAACAGUGCAGAAGACUCUAAUGUCGAGGCUCUUUUUGAUAUGGAUCCUGAUGGCCCACUUCAAACUAUGAUGGAAACAGCAUUUAAAGAAACCUCGAUAAGGGUUGUGGAAAUUUUAACUAAACAGUAUAAUCUUAUGGAACAUCUUCAAGGAAUAAAGGGCUACCUUUUGCUAGGGCAAGGACAUUUCAUACAGCACUUAAUGCACCUUCUAGAACCCGAGUUAGCAAAGCCAGCAAAUUCUUUGAACACGCACAACUUGUAUCCAAUUCUUGAAACUGCUAUAAGAGCUACAAGUGCAAAGUUCGAUGACGUUGACGUCCAAAGACGAUUGUAUGUGGAAUCUUUAGCACCCUCGGAAAAUGAAACCGGAUGGGACGUAUUUAUAUUAGACUAUAAUGUCGAUGGGCCAAUCGGAACGAUACUCGAGCCUUGUCGAGAGACAUACCAGACUGUGUUCUUUUCCUUGUGGCGAGCCAAACGGAUGGAAUCGAUUCUUUCCGGAAUUUGGAAACGCCAAACUACCUCAGCAAAGAUAUUUAGAAAAAUGCCAGAAGUCCUGCCUAUACAAAACCAUAUUCAUUUGAUUACCAGCAGCAUGGUGCAUCUUGUUCAUCAGAUGCAGUACUACUUCCUAUUUGAGGUCAUAGAAUGCUCCUGGGAUAUAUUUGCCAAGCAACUAGGUCAAGCCAGCUCUCUUGAUGAUAUUAUCACUGCACAUAACAACUUCGUAGAGUCAGUUAAGAGAGGAACAUUGUUAGAUGAAAACUCGCAAGAACUUAUGGAUCAUCUGAGGUCUGUCUACCGACCAAUUCUGGAGCUGCAAAGUUUGGAGGAGACAUUCUUAGCCCGAGCAAUGCAAGAGUAUGAAGAAAGAAUGACGGCAGAAGAUAUAAUUGAGAACAAACUUUACCCCAGCAAAAAGUGGGGUCGGACCACAAGCUCAGAUGCCGAAGGAUCAAAGAGGACGAAUCUAUUCACAAAAUAUCUAGCUACGCUUUCAUUGAAUCUCAAGCUCCUUUCAAGGAAUUAUCAGGACCGGGUUAAGAAGUUUCUACUCAUGCUGGCAUCUGCAGAAGACGUGUCACUUCAAUUACUGAGCGUUCGUUUAGAUUUCAACGAGUAUUACAAGAGUAAGGACAGCCGAUUAGUAGCGCCUCUGACGUACCAGCACCGUAGACAAAGCGAACAAUCAUUUCCUGUUUCCAAGUGACACCAGUCAGUAGAAGAAGUCUUAUCAAGGUUCACCCGAAACAAAGAUCCGAUUGGAGAUGAUCAUCACCGUAAUGUUUUUAAGAAUAAACAACCGUGUAGUUGCGCAUCAAAGAAAUUGCUCUCUACAAAUGAUUUAAAAUAUAACUUAAGCCUCCCCAAUGAUUGCCCGGUUUGUUCUUGUUCUACUUCAUCAUCUCCGGGUGUAAAAUUGAAUUUCAAUGGGAUGGGAAAGUCUCAAUAUAGCUUCGAAGAGUGCUUGAAGUUCCGUAAAAAAACUGAGAGAAUAAAUUU